UUCACACUGAGUUGUAAGAAUCAUAAAAAUCGAUGGCAAAGAGAAAAAGAGGGACCUCUUAAAUUCCACUUGGCCAUAUGCAAACUCUACUAGAAACCAAAUUAAACCCCCAAAAUUGACUAUUUUCUCUCCUGUAUCUAGCUCUAAUAUCCAGCCAGUAAUGUAUUGUAUCGCCGGAGAUGUUGAUGAAAAGCAUCGCGUUAACUCAGAGCUUUAUAAUGCUCUGAUGAUUGUAGAAGAUGAGGAGAAGGUGAUAGAAUUGUGCAGAAAAAUUCCUGAUCAUGCAUUGCACAUAUUAACAAUACAUGACGACACCGUACUACAUAUGGCUACUUAUUCGAAGAAAGAGCAUUUAGUGCUCAGGCUACUUGAUGAGUUGCCUGAACACUAUCUUGACAAAAUGACCCGUCAAAAUAAUGCAGGAAACACGAUUCUUCAUUACACUGCCACGAGCAAUCAUGCUCUCCGUGUAGCGGAUAAAGUGUUGAAGAAAGCGCCAGGGUUGCUGGGCAUGCGCAACACCAAUGGAGAGACUGCACUGUUCCGAGCUGCACGAUAUGGGAAGACUGAUAUAUUCAACUUUCUUGCUGGUAAAGUAUCGGGUUAUGAUCAAACUAGUAAGCAUCCUUUUCUUCAGAGAACGGAUAAAACCAAUGUUCUUCACAUUUCCAUUCUUUCUCAGCACUUCGAAUUGGCUUUGCAAAUUGCGAAAGAAUAUAAGUCCUUAAUUGGUGAACAAGAUGUGGACGGGAUGACUCCUCUUCAGCUUCUCUCAUGCAAGCCUGAAGCUUUUAAACGCAAACGCGAAGAAAAUUUUCUCAAGAAACUCAUCAACUGCUUUACAUGGACUUGUAGCUUGAGGCAGAGAGUAUUAAUGGAAAAGGAGGAGCGACAAUAUGAAUCGGCAAUGGAGCUCGCCAAGUUUCUAAUUAGAAAAGAUACUACGUGGGAGGAUUCUUAUUCUAUUCAAGACCAGAGUAGGCCUAAAAUACACAAAUAUGGACUCAAUCCAACUCUCUCAGCCGCUGAGAAAGGAAGCGGAGAAGCCGGAGCCGGAGGAGGAGACGGUGCGGAGACUCCUUUGUUUCUAGCAACCAAGUCAGGAUGUAUAGAGAUUGUUAAGGAAAUACUGAAUGCAUACCCGCAAGCAAUGGAGCAUAUCGAUGAUGAAGGACGAAAUAUAUUGCAUGUAGCGAUUAAGUAUCGGCAAUUAGAGAUCUUUGAGCUUGUAAGACAAAUGGAAGUACCGAUAAGGAGACUUGUACGAAAGACUGACAACAGUGGCAAUACCAUAUUGCACAUGGCCGGAAUAAAAAGAACAGAUUAUGUGCCUGAAAAGAUGGAAGGGCCUGCUUUUGUAUUGCAGGAUGAAUUGCUUUGGUAUGAGCGAGUUCAGGAAGUGACCAUAUCCCAUUUUAUGAAUCACCGGAAUGAUUCGGGGUUGACCGCAGAGGGAUUAUUUGCCGCUGCAAAUAAUGAACUUCGUGUUACAUCCAAAGAAUGGUUAAAGCACACAGCAGAAGGAUGCUCAGUAGUGUCAGUUCUUAUCGCGACUGUCGCAUUUGCAGCUGCAUACACGGUACCAGGAGGAUCAAAUGAGAAUACUGGUUUUCCCGUCCUUAUCAAUCAACCGUUCUUUGUUGUUUUCACUAUAUCAGACGUUCUCUCUCUCACGUUCUCUUUGGCGGCUGUGGUCACAUUUCUCUCAAUUCUCUCAUCCCCCUUUAGAUUAGAAGACUUCAAGCACUCUCUGCCGAAUAAAAUGACGCUUGGUUUUACGUUUCUGUUCCUUUCUGUUUGCCUGAUGAUGGUGGCAUUUGCAGCAACGAUUUUGCUGAUGAUUAAAAAUAAGGAACAUUGGGCGAAAAUCAUGUUGUACACCUGCUCUUUUAUCCCAGUUGGGAUCUUUGCUUUAUCGUAUUUCCCUCUCUAUAUAAUAACUUCAAUAACAAGAGGCUGCAAGCAGUUGGGGAAGAAGGCAAGGCGGUUGAUUCCACGGAGUUUUGAAGCCUUUCUGAAGAGGAUCUUUUGUUUGUCGACUGGUUUUAAAGCCCGAACUCCGGCAGGUUCUUCAAUUAUUCCAUGAACUCCACAAGCUUCAAGUUUCUUGAUUUGAAUUUCAAAGUUUUAUGUUUGCUUAAUGUCAAUUUGUGAAAUUAGUGCUACUACAAAGUCCGCACUUCAGAUUUUUAAGAGUAUGCUUUACUUAAUUUCUUGCCCCCUAAUUAUAUGUAUUGUUUUAUAAAUUUAUAUAAUAGUGUUCGGUGUUGUG